CAGCGCUGUACGCGACGUUUGACUUGUACGAGCGGGCUUUUUUUGAUUUUACACAUGCAUUAACGGUUUGUGCGGUGGUUUGUAAAAUUCUCACGGCAGCCGGUACGUGACGCGAGUCACUAGAAAAAGUUAUUAAAAGUAAUUACAAAAAAAAAAAAAAAUACAAAACUCGUGUUUCACGCAUUUUACGCUCUUAUCAGUUGUAUGUGUGGGCGUAUAUGCAGACCGCUAAGUGAUAAAUAAAUAUUGAGCUGUCAAGUGGUUGCAGUUAAGACGAGUUGUGGGUGGGCGCGUGCUUAUUGUGGUUCUGACGCCAGCGUCCGAGCGAGUGAAUGGCUGUAAUGCGCCGGCGCAGCCAGACAAGUGAAUGUCCCCGUUCUUAUUACAAGAAGUAAAUGCACGCAAAAGUGCAGUGAAGUGACAAACUAAUAUACAUAAGUAUAUUUGCACAUACACACAAACACAUGUACAAAUAAGAAAUAUAAAAAAAUAAGCACUGAGUGAUGCCUCAUUUAAGCAAAAGCAGCUGUCUGAGUUUCUGGCGAAAGGUGCAAAGUUAGUUAGGAUUCAAUAUAAAAGUGCAUACAUACAUACACAUACACAUCUGUAUACAUAUAGUGUUAUUAGUAGUGCUCGUGCAAUAAUCAUAAAGUGAGUUAGUGAGUGAAUGGUGUGCAAAAAGCGGGUGACCUAUAAUUAGCGUGAUAAAACUUAUAGAGUCUAUAUGUAAACACACAUAUGUAAAAAUAAAAAUAUACAUAUAUAGUAUAUAUAUACAUAUCUUUACAUGUGUUUUUGUGAUUGCUUUUGUGAAGAGUGCUAUUAAGUUGAAUUGGAACGCGUGAAGGAAAUUGUGCAAUAUUAAUUAAGCCGCAGAAGGCGAGCAUUUGCCGACAAUUACAUACAACCAAGACAAAGUUAUUGGAAGGAAACGCAGAGAAAAAUGUCAUUAAAGAAGGAGACUCCGUCCGAUGUGCUGUUGCAUCUGGCAGCGCUACGUGGCGAUGAAAUCAACCUGCGGCGCGUACUUGACAGCGGCAAAGUGCAUGUGGAUUGCAAAGAUGAGGAUGGCACCACACCUCUCAUACUUUCAGCAGCGGGCGGUCAUACCCCAUGUGUGCUGGAAUUGCUUGAACAGGGCGCAGAUCCAAAUUCGCGACGCGCUACUGGCACAACACCGUUAUUUUUCGCAGCACAGGGUGGCUACUUAGAUGUGGUGAAAAUAUUGAUAAAAGCCGGUGCCAGUGUGGAUACGCCAUCGGUGGAUGGUGGUACUCCACUAUUUGUCGCCGCACAGGGUGGUUACGUGAAAUUGGUGCGCGAAUUGUUGGAUUGUGGCGCCAAUGUGAAUGCGUGUAUGAAGGAUCGCGCCACACCCGUUUUUAUAUCCGCACAAAACGGUCAUCGCACAGUGUUAUCCCUGCUCAUCACGGCGGGCGCCAACCCCGAUAUGAAGCGCAUCGAUGGCGCCACACCACUGUGGAUCGCCGCACAAAUGGGGCACGAUCACAUAUGCAAAGUGUUGUUGCAAAAUGGCGCGUUUGUGGACGCUGUGCGCUGUGACGGCGCGACGCCACUCUUUAAGGCGGCGCACAAGGGACACGCGGCGGUUGUGACUGAACUCUUGAAACACAGACCUAAUCUAGGGCUACUACCGAAUGGUGAAACAGCGUUGCAUGCGGCAGCCAUGUUCGGUCAUUUAACGGUGUGCAAGCAACUGAUCGCCGCAGGCAGCGAUAUAUUGCAGAAAAACCAGGAGGGGCUCACCGCUUUGCAGGUGGCGCGCCAGCAGAAAUACUCGUCGAUCUGUGAUUAUCUGCAGGAUCGCUUGCGUCUGGUGCGUGCGCGUGCUGGUACGGCCACAUAAAUACCGUUAUUGUGUGUGGAGUAGACAAGCGGCAGCUUUAAGUUGUUAAAGUUGGAUAACAAUGGUGUUUGGGGUAACGCCAUUUAUAUAAGCGUAUUUAGUUAGUUUCGCUAUACAAUUGUGGGCGCGAGUGUCUGUAAUCGUGCGUAGAAUUAUUUGGAAAACAAAACUCGAAAAUAGAAUGGAAUAGCCAAAGCGAAAGAGAUGUGUUCUUACGUUCGAAUCGCUGAGUUGAAAAAUUUAUGUUCAAAUUGUGGUAAAUAUUGUGAGGUUGGUGGGUAUGAUGUGGAAUUUAUAAUGAUUUUUUUGUAUACAUAUAUAAAACUAUAACUAUUAUUUUCUGCAUUAUUCUCAAAUGUGUGAUUUGUAUUUUACUUGAAUUAUUGUUUCUUUUUAUGAAUUACAUAUGUAUGUACAUAUAUCGAAUUAAAUUUGUAAAUAUACAUAAUUAUUGAUCUAAAUAUGUUUAUGAUGAUAAU